AUACGUUAAAUGCUGUUUACAAAAUAUUUUGUAUAAUUAAAAAAAAUACAAAUUAUACUGAAAAUCUUUAUAAAACCCGUGAUUAUAAUAUGUAUUUAGGUUUUUAAAGUUAAAGUAGGUAUUCAACUGAAACAAAAACCGGCUCAAGGAUCAAAAACCAAACUUACUCGGCAUGUUCGGUGAAAAAGUAAUAGAAUUAUUAAAAGAAUCGGAGAGAAACCGAGAAACACUAAGUCCAUUCAAUGAUGAAAAGAUUCGUCAAAUAAUUGAAGAAAUGCACAUUUUGUUUAAAUUAAACAUGAAUGAUGCAAAUGCAACAUCAGAGAAUAAGUCAUUGUGGACAACUGUUCAGGUUCGUCAUUCAGCACUAGAGCGCAAUAAAAGGUGCCUAUUAGCUUACCUGUAUGAUCGCAUUAAUAAAAUCAAAACUUUGAGAUGGGAAUUUGGCUCAGUCCUACCUCCAGAUAUAAGAGAAUUAUUAUCUGACAGUGAAUAUGAUUGGUUUUCUAAAUAUUCAACCAAUUUAGCAACAUUUAUGAGGUCUUUGGGCCAAGAUAUUGGUUAUAGUGGUAUUGAUCUAACAGAGAAUUUGAGACCUCCUAAAUCAUUGUAUAUUGAAGUGCUGUGUAUAACAGAUUAUGGAAAAUUAGAAUUAGAAGAUGGUGAUGUUGUUAUGUUAAAGAAAAAUAGUAGACACUUCCUGCCUACAUCUGAGUGUCAAACACUUAUACGACAGGGUAUUUUAAAACAAAUUACAUAGUUAUAGGCAUUAGUGGUUUUGUUAAUAAAAAUAGUUCAAUAAUUUUGUUUGGUAUACAUAUAUUAUUAUGUUUCUUAAGACCAACUUAAAAUCUAUGGUAAGUGAGAUAAUUGUGUAGCAAGAUGCAUUUGUAACAUAUUCUAUAUUAAUGACUAGAACUAAUGAUAUUUAGACUGUAGACUGAAAUUAUACAGCAUGCAUCAUGGCAAUUUAUAAAUAAAUGAGUCUCCUAUCCCUGAGAGUAGUCACUUGUUUUUGGUUUAACUGAUAAUGUUUCUUAAAAAAUAACCAGUGAGAGAAGAUUCUAGUAUCUCAAACUCAAUAAAAUAUUGAUUUGAUCUUCACCUGAUAUCUCUGUAUUGUAUAAACUGUUAUUAACAAACAAUGCAGCAGCUUUACAGCUUGAAAGAAAAGUGUCAUAUUGAAGAAAAUCUUAAAUUGUGCAUAAAUAUGUUUAAUUAUAAAUAUUUUCUAGUGACAAAUUUUGGUUAUCAUGAAAAGAACAAGUAUAUUAUACAUAUUUAGUGAUGACUAUAUACGGAAAUAUCAAUAUACUUGUGCAUUUCGUAAAACUAGAUCUUCUGUUACUUAUUCUAUUAUCAUUUCCUUGUGACAGAUUCGUAAAAAGUAUUGGCGCGUUUACUUUGGCGCCCUUCCAGCGGGAAUAACAGAUUUUUGUUUGACGCAGCGUUUUCUCUGUUGCCAGUCUUUCUAAAUAAAUAGUGCGGGAUGUCGGAAAUCGAAUUGUGAUUAGAUGAGAAAGCUAUUUCGGAAUUUAGCUUCUAGAUUUAUUCUAUACUUAUAGCUCUAUUGCGAGUUAUCCAUUAUCUUUUUUUAUAUAUAUUGUUUGUAAAAGUGUAGUGAAAACAUGUCAACCAGGAUAUAUAACAUCACGACGGAUAGAUUAACAAGUUUAAUGAUGAUGAUUGCCUCAAAGAAGCAUAUGGCAGUGAAAGUCCUCUAGCUUCUGAUUUGAUUUAUUGUAUAAUUAUGAGUUCGUCACUUUUAACUUUGGAACGACUCGUGUCCGUACUCAUAAAUCCGUAUGUGAAGCGUCAUCUACUAGAGUAGAUGAUGAUAAAUAUAACGAAACGUUUGAUUUCUAGUUUGAUAGUUAUUAAAAAGAACCUAUGAUUCUUCUAAAUAUCUGACACACGUGUCACAAUCAAAAUAAAAUACAUCAAAGAAAUAAACGCAAUAAUAAUAUUAAAAUUAAACAAGCCAUGGCAAGAUCCGCUUGAAUGGUGGACCAUUUCUCUAUUUUCACGGUUUAUAUUUCAUUUGGGUUCCUGUCGCUGAGCGUUUUCGUUGAUUUAUGUAGGCCAGUUACAUUAUAUCAGAAGUGCCCUUUAUUGCAAAUCGAUAUAUUUUGCUCACUUUACCCACUUCAAACCUAACGUACGAGCAUUAGAAAGUUAUUAAUGACCUUAUAGGGAUACUGGUCUCAUUUGUUUUAUUUACUAUUAUUUUCUGUAGUGUAACGAAGUGUUAAUUAAUAAAUAAAUAUUUUCUUUUUUCUUUACAAAAACUGGUGACUAAAAUGUCUACAACACGAUUUAUGAAAUCAGUGGAGGUACCUAUAUACAAAUAUCUGUUAAUGACUCAUUUAUAAAUAUAUAUUUUUAUGAUUGUACAUACAUUAUAAAAAGCUGUUCUAUCUUAAAGAAAAUCCUCGUAGCUCUAGUAUUUAGAUACCUACCAACAUUCACACGCAUCGGCUACUCUUCCAGUAAGUCCAUACUUACGACCGGCUGAUCACAGUGCACGGGAUACAGACCUACACGUUUUUUUACGGUAUAUCGGAUAACUUUAUGUUUGUAUAUGUUUUAGGUGGGCUGUAAAUUGUGAACAUAACGCCUACAAAAUGUUAUUCACGUAGGUAUGUAA